UACAAUGUUCUCUUGCACAGUGAGUCAGUGGUCGGAGUCUCAUUUCUGCUUGGCGGAAAUCAUGUGAAUGUUGUCGCUUGAUGUAUUGAAUAUUCUUGCUGUUGUGCUUCUGUCGAAGCUAAAAGUUAGCUUCGAAUGUCGGAUCUUAACGCGCACAGUUCAAAUAAAAGCGGUGCAUCUGAACGCGAGACUGAGAGCACCCGGCUUCGCCCGGACCCUGCGGCGCGUCCAUCAUCUCCGUCCGCGGGGCAGGAACGGCCUGUUUCCCCAUCGGACUGUUUUUCCUGUGACACUGCGUUCCUGUCGCCUGGCCGCCGGGGAGCCGUCAUGUCGCGGUCGUACAAAAGCAGGAUUCAGGAAUUCGAUGUGGCCCUGAAUGAGGAAAAGAUCGACCUGAAGGUGCUCCGUGAGCUGUGCUUCAAUGGAAUCCCUUUUGAGGGCGGAAUACGUUCUUUGUGCUGGAAGAUUCUGUUAAACUACCUUCCCCUGGAACAGGCGCUAUGGGAGCCCUUCCUGAAGAAACAGAGGGAGCUUUAUGCUCAAUUCUUACGGGAGACGAUCAUCCAGCCAGGCAUCGCCAAGGCAAACCUAGGUGUCUCCAGAGAGGAUGUGACCCUGGAGGAUCAUCCUCUGAAUCCUAACCCAGAAAGCAAGUGGAACAGCUACUUCAAGGACAACGAGAUUCUGCUGCAGAUCGAUAAAGAUGUCAGACGCUUGUGCCCAGACAUGGCCUUUUUCCAGAGGGCCACAGAGUACCCCUGCCAGCUCAUCCUGGACCCCCAGAACAAAUACGAGACUCUGCGGCACCGUGUGGAACAGACCACCUUAAAGGCUCAGACAGUGAAUUGCAACCGCAGUGGAAUAACCAAUGUGAGCUCUGCAGGGGAGAUGCACACCCUGCAUCCUCCAGGUGAAUAUGAGCCGUUGCCACAAGGGAGCGAGGCUCACUGGGAGGUGGUGGAGCGCAUCCUCUUCGUCUACGCAAAGCUUAACCCGGGGAUUGCCUACGUGCAAGGAAUGAACGAAAUUGUCGGGCCCAUUUACUACACUUUGGCCACGGACCCCAACAGGCAGUGGAAGGAACACGCCGAGGCAGAUACCUUCUUCUGCUUCACCAACCUGAUGUCGGAGAACAUGGACAACUUCAUCAAGAGCCUCGACGACUCCCCGUGCGGCAUCACCACUCGCAUGGAGAGCGUCUACUCGGCCCUCAAGGACAAGGACAUGGAGCUCUACCUCAAGCUGCAAGAGCAGAACAUCCAGCCGCAGUAUUUCACCUUCCGCUGGCUGACUCUGCUCCUCUCCCAGGAGUUCUUGCUGCCAGAUGUUAUCCGCAUCUGGGACGCUCUCUUCUCUCAUCAGGACCGCUUCGAUUUCCUCAUCCUCAUCUGUUGUGCUAUGCUAAUUCUCAUUCGGGAUGAGUUGCUGGAAGGCGACUUCACGACUAACAUGAGACUGCUCCAGGACUAUCCCAUCUCAGAUGUCCAUGCUAUCCUGAGGAGGGCCAAAGAGCUGCAGGACGGAGCGUAGCCGGGACCCCCGGACCUGGUGGAACGACAGCGUGCGCAGUGACAGCGGAAGGUGCAGCUGGAAAGCCUCAGUGCGAUGGGGGACAGGUCUGUCCACUUGCUGUCGCCUUCCGUGAUCUCCGCCCAAUGGCCUUCACCCCAGUGCUGCCCCUCUUCCGUUAUGAUAGCACGUUGCUUCACUGUGUGCAUUUUUACAGCAAAAACUUUAAAAUGUGAAGAUAAAGCAAAGCACUACAUAUGACCUAUGAUUCCACAACUUAUGAUUACACAACGCAACAAAAUUUGUCAAAGUCCUUAGUUGUUAUGUCGAUUUUUGCAUUGAUUAUGAUUAAAGUUGAAUAAUUACAAAAAAAAUACCACUAGUUCUUCUAGAGUGUAAGGUUUAGUUUGGUACUUCGCAGCCAUUGGAAUAUUCUAAAAGGCAGCAGAACAUUCUAUAAAGCAUUAGAUCCUAAAAGGUACUGGAAUAUUCAGUGCUUGGAACCCGGGGCCAAAAUUCACCAAUUUCAAGAAUGUGGAAUAUUUUGUUAAAAACAGAAUAUAUAGUACAAACUAACGCCAAAAGUAUGUUUAGUCCAACAAAACUGAGUGGGAAACACAGAAAAAAUUUACACAAAAUUUUUGUUACAUUGUGUUAUCCAAGCAGAGUAGUAUGGAAAAACACACACACACACAUAUAUAUAUAAUUGAUUCCUGAACACCAAAGCUUGUUGACAUUCCCUUCUUACAUUUCUUACACCAGUUUAACUCUGUUUAUUCAGUUUACAGUGUAAAUACCCUGAAGCUGAGGCCUUUCAUACACUUAUCGGUUUUUUUGGAACGAUAACCAUGUAUAGUCUGCUCCUCUGAAACGUGACCUUCCCGUAGCACAUCUGAGUGUUUGAAAAACAGCUGAAAAUGGAAACUUUUAACUGGAACAGGGUUUGUGUGUUUACAGACAUAACCAUCAAGUCCAGUUUAUUUGCAGGCCUAAAAAAGCGCACAGGUUGGAGUUUGCAGCUGACUUUCAAGUUUUAUGGAAGGAGGCUGAAAAAUAAAUCAAACGGAUAAGGAAGCACAGAAUUGCUGCUGCUUACAUAUGAUAGUUCUGCAUAUUGACAACAAAUGUACCGCAGUCUAAUAGUUUUUACAAUACCUGCUUUUCCUCAUCUCAGUCAGUCCUUUUUUGUGUUUUUUUUUUUUUU